CAUUUGCAUUUGCCUAACUAGCCUUUUCAUCUUAAUAGAACAUCAAGUAUUUACUUUUCAAUGAAAACCAAAGCCAGUAUGAUGUUGUUUUUGUUUUUGUUCUUGUUCCUUUUACAUUUGGGGGCUGAACCUCGAGAUUGUUGUGGGGGUUGGGCUAGUCCUAUGACAAGGGCAUCUGGAACUCAACAAAUUAAGACAACAGAAGAUUAUGCUGGAGACCCCAAUGUUUUUGACGAUGUCUAUAGACAACAUGAAGAUAUUCCAAGCCCUGAGAUUCUUGCACCCACCUCAGCUGCUGAUAUACGACUGAGAGUUCUAGAUGGGAGCUCAAGGUCGAUUUGUGGAGCAUCGAUGGAAGAGGAAUCGUAGAGGAGAUGCUACCAGAGGGAUUUAGAAGGACUGACCUUUCCACUUGCCUAUUUCUAUAUUUUGUUUUUCUUUAUUUUUGGAUUUUUCAGUUUGCUGAUUAUAUGGGCUUAGCUCUUUGGGCUAAGUCCAUUUGUUUUUAUUUGUACUCAUUUUCAUUAAUAAAUCAGGCCUAAUAGGUCUUUUAGUUAAAAAAAAAUAAAAAUAUU